AUGAGUAGCCUACCCGCCCGCUAUGAAUCCUUUCUAAUCUCAAAUUCAUCAACCAUUGCUACCAUUGAAUCCUCUCUACGCUCGUUGACAUGGCUUUUACCUGGUCGAUUCAAGGAUGCAGAGAUUGUUGGUGAAGCGCUCAAUUCGACGCUAAACUUGCUGUCGCUGUACCACGAUACGCUACUCGCUCGCCGGCUCAUGCUCGUGAAAUCGUCAAACCCCAAAGCUGCGCGCGAGUUGAUUCCUCCAAGUGUUCAUACGCGCUAUACACGGGCGUGGUGCGAAAAGGAUGGCCUUUACAAGUGGAGUGCGCGCAGUUUGGAAGUCGUGCGCUUCCUGCAGCUCGUCGUGGAGAUGCUCCUGGCCCGCUUCUCGACUCGAAACGGCCGCUGGAGGGGCAUAUUCUUGCUCGAAUUCACAAAGGCAUUCCUUCAGCUCGUUCUCCUUCAACGGACAAAACGACCUGUGAUAUCUCCACCAAUACCCGAGCGGGAUGUUGAUCCUGCCAUGCUCCCGGCGCUGGGUGAUCUGCCUUCAACAGCGCCAGAUUCGCCGCCCCUCAAAGCCAAGCCUAUACGACAGGACACUGGCUCAUCUGAAGAAGGUUCUCGGCAAACCACGAGGCCGUCGCAUCUCGCGAACAAUCAUGUCCCAUUUACUGGAUCAUCCGGCAAGCCUCACCCACUCCUCUUGUCGCUGCCGAGCAGCCCUCUGACGCGCACUGUAAUAGAGGACUAUCUCCUCCCGAAAGCGCUCACGUCGACGCUCGUCAAGUCACCUACCAGCCUCCUCCAACCUCUCGCAGGCCUCGGACAAUGGACGUCAGAGAUUGUUUACAUUCUCCGGCCUCUCAUCUACGUCCUUCUCCUUCGACCCACGUCCAAAAACAUGCCGAAAAGCAAGUCGACGAGUAUAAACUACAACACGGGGCCCAUCACAAACGGGCUGCGGACGCCCCUAGCGGUUUCGCUCAUGCUCUCCGUGCUCUCAUUUUACCUCCGCCGCUCCCCGCCUGCGUCACCUUCGUCGUCCAACUUGCUUGAGCGACAAGAGUAUGCGAGGCGCGACCGCGAUUUGCUCUGGUAUGCGUUCCGUGGAGAGCUGUGGACCGAGUGGACGCGUCCAAAGAUUGAUGGUAUGCGCCAACGACUCGAGGGCAAGCCGCUGCUCGGGUUGCUGUCCGGAUUGAUUCAAGAUUGGCUCCCGCUCGUGGACGAGUAUUGGUACUAUAUGGGACCUUGA